CUUUCAUCUCUCUCUCCCCUUUCCCCCCUCCAGUCACUCCUUCUGUUUCCUCUCUUGUUUCUUUUAACAGUUCCUUUCCUUAAGGAGAUGGCACACUCUCAUUACUUUCCUCUCGUCCUAUUCCUCCUUCACAAUCCAACAAAGUCAUUUCUAGAAACAAAUUAAUCAGCACGUUCCUCGAAGCCCUGUUUUAGCAGUUGGUGAAAGCUCUAAAUUCUGUCACGCUCUUCUGGAAAUGGAUGUAAUUUGACUACACGCAGUUGCCCUGAAAUGGUUAAUUUCUGGCUUGCAAUUUUGACCUCGGCCAUGCUCCUCUGACAGUUACAAAAAACCUGCUGUUGUGCCAAGCUCUGACUAAUCGUAUCAUUGCUGCAGAUAAAAAUAGUCUCUAGGAGAAGCCUGGAUAAAAGACAUCAUGGAUCGGGACCCACAACGAGGAGACCUGAUUGAAAUUUUCCGACCCUUUUACAAACACUGGGCUGUAUAUGUAGGGAGUGGAUAUGUGGUCCAUCUCGCCUCAGCAGAUGGGGUUGUAGGAGAUAGUUUAGCCUCUUCCAAUACAAAGAAGGCACUGGUAAAAAUAGAUCGGCUUUUAGAUGCAUGUGCAGGAGACCAGUGGCGAGUCAACAAUAAACAUGACAACAGUCGCCCACCUAAAAGUGUGGAGGAAAUAGUCCACACAGCUUUGAGUUGUGUUGGGAAAGAGAUAUCGUACAAUGUGCUCCUUCGCAACUGUGAGCAUUUUGCCACCUUUAUACGUUAUGAUGAAGCUACAAGUGAACAGGCUGUUUAUUUCGGUGUCUUCGGAUUAUUUGCUUUUUUCGGACUUCUGAUGGGCCUUGUUCGUAAUUAAUAAUUCACCCACAGCACAUUAUCAACGUAUAAUUAGUGCAAAUAUUUUAAAAAAUAAAAAAUAAAAAUGGAAUGACAUGCUUA